AUGUCUUCAUUAAGUAGUAUAUUACCUCUUAUUCAAAAAUAUACAUUGUUUGGUAUGUCAUGGAUUUAUGUUACAUUCGGUGUUAUUGGAUGUCUUCUCAAUAUUUUUCUCUUUUGUCGAAAACAAUUUCGAACAAUGUCUUGUUGUACAUAUUUCUUAGCAGCAUCUGUAGCAAUGUUGAUUCAAUUAUUAAUUUAUGCUAUACCAACUAUUUAUGGAUUUUAUUAUGCUAAUCCUUUGACAUAUAUAGUGGUCUACUGCAAAAUUCGUAUGUAUAUUGUUCAAAUAACUUCCUUAGUUUAUCGAUGGGCAUUUGCUGCUGCUUCAUUUGAUCGAUAUGCUCUGUCAUCACCUCAUGCACGUUUACGACGUUUAGCAAAUGUACACAUAGCAUGCAAGGUUAUAGGUAUAUCCACUAUUAUAUGGUUUGUAUUAUCUGCUUGUAUUCCAGUUGUUUAUGAUAUAAAAUCGUCUUCGUGUGGCGUUUAUGUGAAUAGUUUUUGGCCAGUUUUUAUUUCCAUGUUUUCCCUUGUUAUUGGUUCUUUUUUUCCAAUUGUAAUAAUGAUUAUUUGCACUUUACUUAUUCGAAAUAAUCUUUCAAGCAAACGACAACGUCGUCAAAAUUUUGAUCAUCAAUUAGGAAAUAAAAAUAUACAGUUUCAUCAAAAACGUGAUCAUCAAGCACUUCGAAUGUUAUUUGCUCAAAUAAUUAUGUAUACAAUUAUAACAAUACCUUGGAUGCUCUACAGUAUAAAUACAAUCAUUUCAUCUUAUAUUCCAAAUAAGAGUGCUGAUCGUAUAGCUGUUGAAAAUUUUGUAACUGCAGUAGCUGGCGGACUUGUUUUCUCAUUUCCAGCAAUAUCAUUCUAUUUAUAUACAUUAACAUCAAGUAUGUUUCGUGGUGAAUUACUAAAUAUGUUACAAUCUUUAUUUUGUUGGAAAUUGUUUUUCAAUAAUCAUCGUAUUGAACCAGCAACGAGUUUUAAUAUACAACGAACUCAUCCUAUGUAA